AAGAUUGAUUAAAUGGUGAAGGAAAUUCAUGUAAAACAGAAUUGAAUGGGAUUAUCGACCUGCGAAUCGAGGAUAUGAUAAUGGGCUGUCAGUAUUCACAAACAGAAAUCAAGUCGAGGCCGACAAUAACUGAGGAUGUAGAGGUAAUGGCGGAUGGUUCUAUACCCGAGCCGCCUCCACCAGCUCCUACCGAUCCAAGACUACCAUUAGAUGCUAGACAAGUAUUUAAAUUGAAAAAGUCUUGGAAAGGAAUUAAAAGAUGCAUCGAAUCAACCGGAGUAGAGAUGUUUAUCAGGAUGUUUAGGACAAAUUCAGACUCAAAAGGCAUUUUCAAACAAUUCAAAGAUUUAAAAAAUGAUGACGAACUGCGUGUGAGUGAAACAUUAGAACAACAUGCUACAGCAGUUAUGAAUAUUAUAGACGAUGCAAUAAUGAAUAUAGAAAAUGUAGACUAUGUAUUUGAACUAUUAAAUUCUAAUGGAAGAAGACACAGUUCGUAUGAAGGAUUUUCUCCGCCGUUCUUCUGGUUUAUUGAGAAGCCGUUUUUAGAUGCUGUAAAAAUUACGCUAAGUGACAGAUAUACAGACAAUAUGGAUGGCAUCUACAAAAUUACUAUCAAGUUUAUACUGGAAAAUUUAACAAAAGGAGCAGAAUCAGCGAAUGGAAUUUCCUGACAAAUUAUAUUCACUCGGUUACCAGAAUAAAUGUAUUCGGAUAUACAAGUCUUUCCUUGACGUCCGUUUCAGACAGUGCAUAUUGCCAUAGAAUCUUAUAGAUCACACAGGAAUGCUUGAAUCUAAUCUUUAUCGGUGUUGGUGGCGCUGCUGUUAUUUUAAUGUGAUAAUUGUAACAAACCAAUGUUGAUGCCUUAAUAUCAACGGUAAUGUUGUAUCUAUUGCAAUACUUGAAAAUCAAAGAUUUUAGAAACAAAUCUUUAAAAUGUGUAAAUUGUUAUGUUUUAAUUUAACAACAGAAUGAAUUCCUAAUAUUGAUCGAAAACUUAAAAGCAUUUAUCUUAUUAGUAGAUGAAUAUUUAAUGUGUAAAUUAAGAAAAGGCAAUGUUUUAAUUUUUUAUUCAUUAUUUAUUAACUAUCAAUUUAAUUAUCUUAUACACAAAUAUAUUGGAUAAUUGCCAAGCUAUUACAUCCAUCCAUGACAUAUUAAAUCUGUUCACGGACUUAACCAUUCAGGAAGUUGAUAACACUAAUUACGAAUGCUAUCGGUCAAAAUGUGGUUGAAUUUCGACUUUUAUAUUUGUUUUUAUUAAUGCUUGAUCAUGUAUAGAAAGGUCGCUGAAUAAACACACAAAAUUAUUGGAAAAAUUUCAAUUAAUAUGAUAAAAGUAUUGAGAGGGUUUACCAAUAUCUCGCCUUUCCAAAGUUAUGCAAUAAUAUGUUAAGCAAUAAGAUUUUAGAAAAUAUUUCACGGAAGUUUAAAUCAAACAUUACAUGAAAUUAAAAAAUAUUUUAUAUAUAUUCUGGAAUCAUAAUCACCCCUUAAAAUAGUAUGUGAACCGUGAAAUUUUGACAUGAAAUGUCGUGGCACUGGAACACAUAAUUCAAAAUCAGAGCCGACCAGUUUUCCCUCCUACUUCAAAUUGCUGCGUGUUGCGCGUAGAAGCAGCACAUAACAUUUUUAAGUCAUUUGUUUGGCCUUGUCGGAGAUAAACCCAAGACCUCGUACAGGCGAACAUGCUUUGAAGAGACUAACAAGUACGAUAAAACUAAGACUAUACAGCUACGACCAGACUUUUUCUAGUAAUAGGCAGGUGUCUUAACAAUCUUAAAAAUAAAGGCAUGUGGUUUGAUGUCAAUGAGACUAUCCAAUUCAAAUUAAGUAGCUGUAUGUAAUUAUAGACAACCAUGUAACCUUUAAGUUGUAUAUCAUCAUAUUUUUGGUUUCUAAUCUUUUAACGGACUGAAAGCAGAGUCAUAUUUGUACGUUUUGAUUUAGAUUGCCAUUGUAUAAUUUAAUCUGUCAUUCAUUAUUUCAUUCAUUUAUUCAUUCAUUAAUUGAACGUCAUCCUAAAAUGGUGUCCGUUAUAAGGACACGUGACCGAUGCAGCUCAUACAUUCAUUGGUUUAAAAUUUAGUAGUUUUACUGCUUUAUGGUGUAUUAUUCAUAAAAAAUGAAAAGCCUCAUUGAUCUUUCUGUGUAAGGAUAAUGCAAAGAUGAAAAUUUGAUACCGAUUUAAACUUUAAUGAAUCAAAUCGAUCUUUUCUUUAGCGCGUCUGCAAUCAAUUUUUCAACUUAGCCUUUUAAAAAUUUGCUUUGCUUAAUUAGCAAGUUUCAACUGAAAUUGAUAUUAUAUAAAAGUAAGCUGGAUCUAUUCAAUGUUUUGUUUUGAAAUACAGCUUGAUCACCGGAACGUUGGACGAUAGAUCUUGUAUGUAUAUCCAUCUUAACAUUGUUAAUCUAAACAGUUUCAUUAAAAUGUUGUUUUUAUCCUUCGUGAGCUACGAGCGAAAGAUAAUGAAAGAAUCCACAUAAGUAAAUUAUAACUUAUCUUCAUUUCUACUAGUUAUGAUGAUAUGGGAUAAGAAUUAUGCAUUGUAAUAGUUUAAAAUUUAUUGUUAUUUAAAUGACUGUUACACGCAUGAAAGAUUAAACAGUAUGUGAACAUCAAUUCAAAGAGGGUAGAUAAUUUUAUUGAAACCAUUGUAAAUAAUAUGCUAUAGUACACAUUUGGCCUGGGAAUAUUGUCCUGUUUUAAACUUGAUUUUUUUUAAAGCAUAUGUAAUGUUUCUUUCACUUUAAAUACUAAUUUUAAGAAUUAUAAUGUCAUUUUAUAUGGAAUUAAGAUAAGUUCAUUGGUUUUUAAAAGUAUGCUAUUUUUAGUUUUAGUUCAAAAGAUUUAGCAAUAAGCGAAAGAACAAAUUCUAUAAUGCAUGACUUGAAUGAAACAAUGGGAGGCAAAUGUUCACGAAAAAACAAGAACAAUAACCACCGUUACACAAAUGAUCAUACAGCCAUAAUGAUCUUUAACGGUCGAAAUCUAUGGUUGCUGUUUAAAUUAUGAAAUUUGGCAUUAUUUUGGCAUUAUUUGCUAGAUAAUAAUUAUUUCUGUGUGAUAAAUGCAAAGAAACAACAACAUUAUUAUAUUAUUCAGUUAUAUGAUUUUCUCUUAUUUAAAAAUCUCAUUAUAAGUUCCGUUUGGUUAUCGUUAUAACGUAAUUGAUGUCAUGUUCGUGUCAUAUUAUUAUAUUUUACAAAGAUAAUAUGAAGAUGAACGUAUAUAUACAACGUAUUUAUAUUUAAAUGAAUACUACUUAUUUGUGUUGCUAUUGGUUAAAAUUGUGAACUCCUGUAUGUUUGAAUAAUGUACUUGAACUAUAAUAGAAUAAAAUGUACAUUAGUGUAUUAUUGUUGUUCUAACAAACAAUAUCAGCUCUUAUUUAUAAGCAAAUAUAAGCAAAAUUUAAGGUUUCAUUUGAUGUGUGUAUAUCAUGUUUGGUUUGGUUUUAAGUGUGUCAUUUGUUUUAAUUAUUGACAUAUUUAUUUUUGGGAAAGACGUA